AUGCCGGGCGGCACGAAGAUGAGCCGAAACCAACAGCACAGCCAAACCUUGGAGACUGUGACUGUUGGCCCGGGCUGCGAGACGGGGUUGUACUACAUUCUAGUGGCUAAUCUCUCUCAUAACACCACAUGGAAGGAGCUGAAAGCAUUUGCCGCACAAGCAUGUGAGGUAGAUCACGCCGAAGUCUACACUCCCACCUCUGGAUUCGUCCGGGUGAAGGGUCUAGCCAAUUUUGAGAAGGCAUUCAAGCACUUGAACGGCAACACCCUCGAGUACCGCUCCCUUCAGGCGGAUGCCAGGAACAAGACACAUCCAACUGUGGUUAAGCUCCCACCCAACGAUUAUCAUGCAGUGAGAAUCCGCCGAGGCGAAAGGGGAAGGGUGUUCAGUGAACCCUGUUCGCCCACCCCGACUCCUGACCCCGGUACACAAAGCGAACAGUUUCCCCAAAAUGCGGGCGCCGGGAUGAAUAGUCCGUACCGGGAUUACCAGGGCAGCGGCAGCCCAGCCUUAAACAUGAGUCCACAGGCCAGCACACGAUGGGGAUACGCUGCCUCCUCCCCAUACACCUCGAGUGAGGGAUACCAGGCAGCGGCGGGAGUAGCCCUUGCUGGUCAGAGUUCUCUGGCGUAUCUCGCAACAGCCGACCCUUCCUGUGGCUUCUCGCAAGUAGCUACCAGUCCGCAACCUGCCAUUUCGCAGCCCAUGGGAUAUCCGGCACUGACCACGCCAGCUACCGAGCCAGCGCAAUACCCGUUUGGGACGCCCGCACCAUACUACGCCUCCGGAUUUACAUACGGCGUUACCGCCGGGCAAGGCUACACCGGGUAUAGCGACGCCCAGCUGAUCGACAAGAGCAACUGCGGUCAAUUCUACAACCCAGGGUACGGUGAGGUUUGGGCGUCCGAUGCUGCAGCUCAGGCCCCAGCUCCCCAGCCAGGUCAGGUUAUCUAUGACGGCAGCAAGCGGCCGAGCGUAAUCAUCGAGCUACGCAAAAUCAUAAUUCAUAAUCUCGAACGAGACGGUCUGUCUGAAGCUUGCGUCGUGGGACUCAUUACGGAAUAUACAGGCAUUGGGCGAACAGGAUCGGGGCAAAUAGAGCGAGUCGAGAUUCCCAUCAACAAAGAUGGUAGGCCACGGGGAACUGCUUUUGUCACGUUCAGCUGUUUCGAGCUUGCCAAUGCGGCCAUCGCGGCGUUGGACGGCCGCGAGGUGGGCGAUAAGAAGCUAUCGGUAAAGAUGGCCGAGGGAGUGUCUGAUGGCGGAUCUAGCAACCGGCCUGGGAGGAGGGUGGCCAAGUCUUCCAGCAAGCAAGAACUGGGAGGUGGGCACAGGAGAUUGGCACCGCGUUCAGGAUCUCAAACUGCUGGGUCAAAGGCGGCUUUGUUAAUGCCUCCUGCGACCAUUUCUCCUGCUUCGAACUCUGCACCUGCGGGAAACAGUAGCCAGAAGAAGAAGGAGGACCGGCCAGUUAUCGCUGAUGGAAGCGGAGGACGUUGGAAAAAGGAGGAGCCGCCGAUUGUGGUGGACGGGAACAGGCGAGGACACCAACGGGAGUCGAUGCAUUAG